AUGAAACUUCCUUAUGCUAAACGUAAUAUAACAAUUUAUACAUCAGCAACUAAUCCAAGUCGAGAUCCAAAAGCUUGGUUAUUUUGGUAUGAUCCAUUGGUUGUAUUCGAUUCAGUAAAAGAUAUUUAUCAGUAUAAUGAACAAGUACGUUUUCGAUUUGCAAUAGCAUCAGCAGAAUUUGAUCAAUUAGCACGAAAAACAAUUAUUACGAAAAUGAAUCCUGAAGUUGAGCAAUUUGCUGUCUUUUGGAUUAUAGAACCAUUACCUAUUGAUUCAUUAACUAUAUAUGUUGUUGAUCAAACAUUACUUCCAAUACCUGCAAUAUAUCCAUGUACAAAGAGUAGUUUAUCGGGUACAAUUUCAUUUGAAUGUCAAUUUUUAACUUCAUCAAUGAUAAUUGCAAGUUCAAUAGCACAAAAUAUUCUUUGUGGAAAAAUAAAAUUUCGAUUAGAAUAUUACAUUCAAUCUGUUAAAAAACCUAUAACAAUUCCACCACGAACUGCAACAAUAAGUAAUUUAAAUAGUUUAAGAAGUUCAUUUCGUACUGGAAAAUAUAUUCAUGCAAGUCAAGAAAAGGAUGUUGUUGCUAAAUAUUUUGUACAAACUCAAUCAAUUGAUGAUACAAUUAAAGAAGCUGAUUUAGAAACUCUUUUUGAACUUGCAAUCAACACUACAACAUAUGUUAAUAUUACUUAUCCAAAUGAUAUAUGGUCAUUAGAUGAUCUUGAAUCAAUUAUUAAUAAAGAUUUAUUUUAUGUAAGUUUUAAUAAACAUAAUAAAAUAUCAUUUCAUUUACAUCAUACUGAUUCACCAUGGGCAUUAAAAUCUCCGGGUAAACAAACAUUUCAUAUGGAUGAAAUUCAAGAUAUGUUUUUAAAACAACAACAACUUGAUGUUGAAUGGUCAUCAAGUGAUAAUAAAUGGAAAAUUAAAUCUUUAAUUGUACAUGUAUUAUCGGAUAUAUUAGAUAAUUUACAAUUAAGUAUUAUCAAUAAACAAUAUGAAAUUGAUAAAAUCAAUGCAACAUAUCAUAGAUCUAUUGAUUGUGCAGAUUGGUCAAGUACAUGUGCAUGUCAAUCAAUAUAUUCAGCUGCUGUUUUUAUAUCAGAAGCACAAUUUAUACAUAUACCAGAUAUUAAUAUGAAUUUUUCAUCAACAGGUUUUACAAUUGAAUUAUGGGUAAGACCGGAUGUAUUACCAAGUGGAAAUGACUCAGCUCAGUUACUUAAUUUUCGUGGUGAAUAUCUUUUAAUAUAUCAACCAAAAGGUGAAAUAACAUUUGCAUUAGUUAAUAAAAGACGUUUGAAUUUAUUUACAACAACAUUACAAGCAAUACCACUUCAUCAAUGGACACAUUUAGCAUGUGUACAUUUACCAGCUGAUAAUCAAUUACAAUUAUAUGUUAAUGGAGAAUUUGUAUCAAGUGUUGUUUUAUCAGUUAAAGCAAAGAGAAUAACAGAUGAUAUUAUUAUUGGAAAAAAAUUUCUUGGUGCUGUAAGAGAUUUACGUCUUUGGGGAUGUCCAAGACUUAUUGAUCAAAUUCGUUUUUCAAUGCAAAAAGAUAUUUUAUUCGGAAAUGAAACAUGUCUAGUUGGUUAUUGGCCAAUGAAAGAUGCUGUUAGUCAAACUAUAUUAGAUUUAUCACUUAAUGGUAUUUCUCAUCCAGGAACAUUUGGUUUUGAUGAUAAUCCUAAUUUACUUACUGAUCCAAUAUGGGCAGUUAUUUUACCUAAACCUCUAACACCACCACCACCACGUAUAUUAAAUUUUCAAAUAUUUAGAGAAAAUAUAACUUUUCCAUUGACGGUUCGAUGGGGAACCAUUUUUGAUAUACCAAUGCCUGCUGAUUAUGAUGGUGAUGGUUUUGCAGAUUUUGCUGUUUAUCGAACAACAGAUUUGACCUGGUAUGUCUCAUCAAGCAACAAUCCAAAUAUAAUCAUAGUUAAACCUUGGGGUUUACCUAAUGAUAUUCCAGUUCGAUGUAAUUUUGAUGGUGAUAGGUAUUUUGAUUUUACCGUUUUUCGUCCAGCAACUGCUCAAUGGAUAUCUCAUCUUAGCAGUAAUCCAGGUUUUCAAUAUAUUCAUAAAUGGGGUAGACCAAAUGAUUUUCCUUGUCCAGGUGAUUUUGAUGGUGAUGGUAAAACAGAUUUUGUUGUCUAUCGUAAAGGUGCUUACUAUAUAAAUCCAUCGUCUGAUCCAAGUGUACAAUGGACGAAACAAUGGGGUCAACCAGGUGAUAUUUGUGUAUCAAAUUGUGAUUUUGAUGGUGAUGGUGUUACAGAUUUUACUGUUUAUACACCAAUUAUAGGUCUUUGGUCGUGGAUACCUAGUAAAAGACCUUGGUUAAUCUAUCAAAAACAAUGGGGUACUCUUUAUGAUAGACCAGUCUGUGGAGAUUUUGAUGGAGAUAGACUACGAGAUUUUGGUGUUUACAGAAAUUUUACUGGUGAUUGGUUUGUCAUCCCAUACCGAGUUUCAUCAUUUGUUAUCACAUUUCGAUGGGGUCGUCCAACCGAUUUACCAGCUGCUGGAGAUUUUGAUGGUGAUGGAUUCAGUGAUUUUGCUUUAUGGAGACCAAGAGUAAAUAAAACAUAUGUAUGGGAAAUUAUACCAAGUUUAAUGCCAGUAGCAUUAUUACGUAAACCAUGGGGAAUUAAAGGUGAUGUUCCUGUCAUUGGUGAUUUUGAUGCCGAUAAACGAAGUGAUUUUACAGUUUGGAGACCUACAAAUGGAUUUUGGUAUAUAUUAUUUAUGGCUAAACCCGGUAUACAAAUGAUUAAACAUUGGGGAUUUACACCUAAUGAUACUGCGCUGGCAGGUGAUUGGAAUGGAGAUCUUAUAACAGAUUUUACAAUUUAUCGACCAACAACCGGCUAUUGGUAUAUAAUGCUUUUGAGAAAUCCUAUUCUCCAGAUUUUUAUGCAAUGGGGUGUGCCACUAUAUGGAGAUAUUCCAGUACCGGGUGAUUUUGAUGGUGAUGCAAAAUAUGAUUUUGCAGUUUGGCGUCCAUCAACUGGCUUUUGGUUUAUUUUACCAUCAACAAAUCCAGCAACUAUUGUUAUAGCUCAAUGGGGUAUACUUGGUGAUAUUCCAGUAACAGGAGUAGAUUUUGAUGGUGAUGGAAAAACCGAUCUCAGUGUAUGGCGUCCAUCGACUGGCUCAUGGUAUAUCUUACCAUCAUCAAACCCAAUAUAUCCAUAUGCUGGCCCAUUUAUUAUUAACCAGCCAAAAUUUCCAUUACCACCACUUGGAGCUGGACCACCUGGUGCCUUCUCACCUGGUGGUGCCGCUGGGCCUGGUGCCUUUUCACCUGGUGGUGCCGCUGGACCUGCUGCUGGUGCCGGAGAAGCGGUGCCUGCUGCUGCUGCUUCUGGUGAAGCGGCUGGCGCCGCUGCAGCUGCGGCUGGUACUGCUGUUGGUGCUGGUUCAGGAGCGUCACCUGCCGCUGCAGCUGCUGCCGGUGCCAGUGCUGGUGCUGCUGAAGGAGCUCCGUCUAUUGGCGCUGCUGCUGCUGCUGGGGCCGCUGCAGAAGCUCCGUCAAUUACAAAAGCUCCGGCAACUGUCGAUGUAGCACCUGCUUCUGGAUAA